CUCACCUGCUGGGCUCUGACUAUACAGUUGGACAUACACAAACAGGGAUCAUGACACAGAAGGAAAAGCAGAAACUAACUGGAGACGAAGAAAUUAUAAAAGAGCUGUGUGUGUCUAAUGGACUCUGCUAUGAGAAGGUGUGUCAGGAGGGGAGUGGUGAAAUGGUUCUGGAGAUGUUUUUCUCUGGGUUCCCGCACAUGGUGGGUCUCUCUCUUUUCCCUAGAUUGUCCAGUCUCACUAUUGUAGGCCAGAGCAUCAGCUCAAUCCAGGGUCUGGAGUACUGCCCACUCCUCAAAGAAUUAUGGGUAGUGGAGUGCAAACUGAAUGAAAUCUCUGGCCUACAUAACUGUGUGCAUUUGCAGAAAUUAUUUCUGUACGAUAACAACAUCCAGCAGAUUACAAAUCUAGAGAUGUUGGUCAACCUUCACGUCCUGUGGCUUAAUAAGAACAAGAUCUCUGACAUACAGGGAUUGAAUUCACUUGUAAACCUUAAAGAGUUGAAUCUUGCUGAUAAUGCUGUUGAGACUCUUGGUCAUUGUCUGGAUUCCAACAUCAAUCUCCACAAUCUAAACCUCUCAGGGAACAAAAUCAGUUCCUUCAAGGAAUUGACCCAUCUGGCGCGGCUGCCCCGUCUACGGCACCUGAGUCUGAAGGACCCUCAAUCCAUUCCAAACCCGCUGUGUCUGCUCUAUAAUUACUACAUACACGUCUUAUAUCACAUGCCACACCUGCAGCGCUUGGACACAUAUGACAUAUCCAGCAAACAUCUCAAAGACACUGCAGAGUCCACAGUGCUGAAGAAAAUGAUGUAUUACACCAUGCGGGUACGUUGUGCACAAAGACAGUUUGAUGAACUCAAAGCCAAGCUCAGGCAGCAGCGGAAAGACCAGAAACAACUUUCAGAGGAGAGAAUACGUGUGCUAACACACAUGCUGAGAAAUAUGGAGUGUGAGCUGUCCCAUGUACAGUCUGUUGGUAAGAAGUCAGGAGAACCUGAAGACUUGACCUCUGACUUUCGUAAUAACCACAGCCAUGAGCAGAGACUGCAGCACAAACUGGAUGCUCUUAAAGACCGACUGAGGUUCUGGGAGCAGCACCUGGAGCAGGUAGAAGCAUAUCACCAGGAAAAUGUGGCUUUGGCCUCAGAUAGAAGGGAUAUGAUGGUGCACUUUCUGCUAUUGGAGCUAGAAACCAUGGGGAACAUUCGCUUUGAGGAGGGAAACACCGGCGAACCUUGGUUCACAUCAUGUUACGAUCUCUUGCUGUCCCGUUUCUGUGCAUGGGAUUAUAAACCUCACAACAUCUCUGGCAUUAAGAUCAAUCGAAUCAUCCGUAUCCAUAACCGAGCUCUGCGGCAACGCUUCCAGGACAAAGUACACUCUCUGCUUUGCAGACAGGAACCUUCACCCUUCUCACAGAACUAUAAACGCUGCAUGGAGUAUCUGUUCCACGUGCCUGAUCCAGAACAUUCCUGUGAAAGUGAUGAGAUACUUCCAAUCCUAGAAAAUGGUUUUAAAACCGCUGAUGCAUAUAAGGCAUUAGGUAGGGAGAGAGCCAUCCCCCUCUCUAACAGUGUGAGUGUGUCUGAUCAACUGCGAAUGACAUUUAUGCAGAAGAAGAGUUGCUCGACAUCAGGAAGUAUCUACCCUGUAGAUAUUCUUCCCUUCAGACAUGGUCAGUUGAUCAUUUCUAAAGUGUUCCUGGGCCGCAGUGCUGUAGUGAAGGAGGGUCUCCCAAUAGACUGUGAUCAUUACCCUAAAGCAAACUCUGUCUACCUCAGUACCUGCUCUAAAGAGCAAAAGCACACAGCACAAACAGCCCUAGACAUGCUGUGUCUCUCCAGCCUGCCGGACAGCUGUGACUGUAAACAGCAGCAGAAAAUUUGGUACAUGUUUGACAAUGAAAUGGUGCUCCCAGAGUACCUUGUAGACUUUGAAUAUGUAACACAGGACACAUCUCAGCCCUCUCCAGACUCCCCGUCCUGUUCUCAUGCAUCCCCGGCUGAUGCCCCAUCCUUGUCCCGAGCUGAGCUGGACCUGGAUGAGGAGGCAUUAAAUAUGGAACCCAUCCUGAAGCCUCACCCCAAGCUGCUCAGUCUAGAUGAGAAAUCCACACUGACAGUGGCCAGAGCGAACGUCCUCAGUCAGAUCACAGUGCUGAAUCUACAUGGCAACAGUCUGAAUAAACUACCUGAGAUUUCUCGACUCACAGCUCUAAAGCAACUGACCCUCAGCUUCAACGAGUUCACUCAUCUGGACGAUAUUUCACAUAUGCCAAACCUGGAGUACCUGGAUGUUAGUUUUAACCAUAUUUCCUCUCUGGAGGGUUUGCGUGGACUUGGUCAACUCAUAGAACUGGAUCUUCGCUGGAAUCAACUGACUCGAAUCAGGGAUGACAUGAAUGUUUUGCGUAAACACGCCCCUGCCCUGCUCCGUCUGGACACACGGCACAAUCCUUGGCACAGGAACGAGUGUGUGCGAAUGGUGGUUCUUGGUCGACUGAAGACUCUUGCCUAUUUGGAUGAUGUUUUUGUGAUGGAGGAGGAAGCGACUGCUGCUGUUCAAGUGGCUGCUCGAUCUAGAAUCAACCAGGCAUCUCUGAUGACCCACUCUCGGACUGACAGUGAACGUCCCCGCAGUCUGAGUUUGCUCUCUUCUGCUCACCUGCUCACACAGAUCAGCCUGUCUCCAUGGAAACACUUGCAAGAGCUUGAGUCAGGCUGGACCACCAAAAUCACAGCACUGAAUCUUGAUGGUCUGCGGUUAACCCGGCUCAGUAAUCUUGACCGACUGGUGAAUCUACGCUGGGCUUCAUUUGACAAUAAUGAAUUAACUCGAAUUGAGGGUCUGGAACACUGCACCCUACUGGAGGAACUUUCUCUUAAUGACAACAGUAUCAGCAGACUGGAAGGUUUGUGUGCGAUGCAUCGUCUGACUCGUCUGAGCAUUAACAGCAACCACUUACAGUGUUUAGACGGGGAUGUUUUGGACCAGCUACCCAACCUUCACUUCCUGUCUGUAGAGAACAAUAUCAUCUCAUCUCUGCAUGGGUUUCAAAGGUCACGGUCCUUAUUCGAACUCUAUGUCGGCAAUAAUGACAUCAGCACCACCCGAGACAUAUACCACUUAAAGGCACUGUCUAGUUUAAUUAUUCUGGAUCUGUAUGGGAAUCCCCUUGUAAACAAACUGGAGAACUACAGGAUCUACAUGGUUUUCCAUCUGCCUUCACUCAAAGCACUGGAUGGAGUAGCUGUGGAAACGUGUGAAUCAGAAACUGCUAAGGACGUGUUUGGAGGGCGGCUCAAUGCAGAUAUGGUGGCUGAGAAGCUGGGCCAUACCAGCUACAGAGACCUGUCAGAACUCAACCUGCAGUCUAGCUCAGUCAGAAUGGUGGAUCUUGCUCCUGCUGAUUUGUUCAGUAAUUUACGCAGUAUUAAUCUAGAUCACAAUAACCUCACCUCAUUCAGCGGUCUCAUCUUCCUACCCAACAUUAAGGUGUUGUCGCUGAACUAUAACCACAUUGAGUCAAUUCUACCAUGUCAAAAAGUUCAGAGUCACAUGAGCAACAAGCAGAAUCUCUAUCAUAAAGUCAGUUCCAGUGGAUAUGGGCAGCAGAACAGCAGGCCCAGCAGGGAGGGAUUAACUGAUAAUCUGGAGCCUCUGAUGUCCAGUUUGGAGGUUUUGCAUUUAGGUUAUAAUGGUAUAUCCAACUUGAUCAAUCUACAAAUCAGCCGACUCACUAACCUCAGAGUGCUGUUCCUACAAGGGAAUGAUAUCAGUCAGGUAGAUGGAUUGGAUGGUUUGCGGAGACUACGUGAGUUGGUUCUGGAUCGAAAUCGAAUUAAAUCUUUGAGUGAGAACUCAUUCUGUGGACAGGGAGUUUUGCUGGAUUUGCACCUGGCAGAAAAUCGCAUCCGUGAACUGAUCCACAUUCAGCCUCUCACUGAGCUCCGGAGACUGUUCUUAGACAUGAACAAAAUACUGGACAUUUUAGAACUGGAGAAACUGGAGGUGCUUCCUUCCCUCAUGGAACUGUCUGUAGUGGGCAACCCAGUAGCUCGACGGUCACUGCACAGGCCAGCAGUUGUACUACAUCUGUCUACACUUCAUGUUCUGGAUGGCAUGACAGUCACCCUGGAAGAAAGAACCAGAGCAGAGCUUUUAAAUAAUGAAGCACAGGGUUCUAGUUCAGGUGGUGAAGUGACUUUACCCGGUUUGGUACCAUUGGUGACCCGACCGGCUCCUUUAAGAGGUGCAGGAAUGCACUCACUCGUACCUGAUCAGCAAGACGAUGCACAUGAUACCAGCAGGUAUAGGAAGCAGAAAGCAGUUGUCUCUCUCUUGCGUGGAGUUCAGAGUGACUUCAACUUCAGGCAGAUCAGAGGAUCUUCCAGCCACUACGUGACAGCGCUACAGCAGACCAGAUACAGAGUUCUCUCCGCUUUCCCUAACGCUGAUCCUGAGACCAGGUACAAGUGUCACAGUGUACCCAGACCUCCUCCUCCUCCUCCUCCUCCUCCUCCUCCUCCUCCUCUGUAA